AUGGGAGGGACAGGACAGGACGGAACAGGCGUCACUGCUGGUACUGAUGCUGCUGCUGCUGCUGCUGCUGCUGCUGGUGCAAACACAGCAGGUGCGGGAGGUGCUGUUGGUGCCGAUUCAACAGCAACUGCAGCAGCAGCAGCCGAUGGAAUUGCUCUAGGAAAUACGACUGCUGUUGGGAAUGAUUCGGCAGCAGCAGCAGGAGGAGAAGGGGCAGCAGCGGCAGCAGCAGAAGCAGCAGCAUUGAGCACCAGGCGAGCAGCUUUAGACUACGGCAGUGUACCCUAUAAAGAGUUCAUUCUCGCGCGCACUAAAGCUGUAGGGGAGAUCCUUAAAGCGGGUUACAACGUCCUUCUAGCCGAUGCCGACGCUAUAUGGUUAUCAGACCCUUUCACCUCCCUUAAAGCCCAGGGAAUCGACGUGCUAGCCCAGCUAGAAGAGAAAGGGAAUCCCUGCGGUGGGUUCUUACUCCUGGUUCACACCCGGAAGCUUAUCGUGCUCUGGGAUUUACUCACCGCUAUGUUUGAGCAGCAUAUCGACUGGCUUAAAACGCAUCCCUCUAAACGGGAUCCCGACGAGUAUAAGCGGUUCCUUCGCUCCCAGCAGCACAACCACGAGCAGAAAUUCUUAAACGAUUUACUUAGGCAAAAGAGAUACGCGGUGCAGCUGCAGGGGCUGGAUCCGCUGCUGUUUAUCAACGGGCGGGACUACUGGGAUCGGAGGAAGGCGCAGAAGGAAGGGGUGACGCCGGUGAUGAUUCACAACAACUACAUCAUUUCGAAAUGGAACAAGACGAGACGGUUUCUGAUCAAGGGCAUGUGGCGGGUGGACCAUAGAGGCCAAGCGUGCAAGUGCCUGGCUCUAUCCUGCACGCGUCCCAAGGACCCUUGGUCGCUCACUAACAACCCCACCCUCCCUGCUGCUCUGAGGGCCACGGCUGGGAUCAAGCCGCAAUCGCUGCCAAAGCGGAGGCGAGGAGGAGGCAGUAAGCAGAAGAACCAAGCAGGGCCUGUUCCUGUCACAAACUCUUCUUUCACCACUGCUGGUGCUGGUGCUGCUGGUGCUGGUGGUGGUAAGGCUGGUGGUGCAGCUGGUGCUGCUGGGAGGGCAGCAAAGCUAGUGGGGAGCUUGCUGCGAAGCGUGGUUGGGAGUGGGAGGAAGGAUGGCGAGACGAAAGGUGAUGAUCAGAAGAGAGGGGCAGCAAAGGGAGCGGGGUUGAAGGAGGGUGACGCAGCACAGGGAGCAGCAAAACCAGUGGGAAAAGAAGAGCAAGUGGGGAAGAAGAUGGAGCUCCAGCAGCAGCAGAAAUUGACAGGGAGAGGGACAGGGACAGGGACAGGGAGAGGCGGUACCACGGCUAGAGGCUCUAAGGGCAGUGAUUCGGCUGCAGCCGCUGCUGCUGAUGCUGCCGCUGAUGCCGCAGCUGCUGCUGCUCUCUCUGCUGCUGGCAAGGCGGCACAGGGAAGGGAACCGCUCAAGACAGCACAGGGAAAGGAAUCAAUGGCAAAGGCUACAAUCGGAAAAGGGAUGGAGUCGGGGCCGAACAGGGGUAAGGGGGGGACGAGGGCAGCAGCAGCAGAGGCAGCAGCAGCAGAGGCAGCAGCAGCAGGGAAAGUUGGGACAGAAACUGCAGCGGUUGGUGGGAGGGGAGCAGCUAAGGGUGCCAGGGGGAAGGGUGGUGUUGUGAGGCCUGGCCAGGUGAAGGGGAGUGAGAGUAAGGUGAUUCAGAAGGGAAGACAACGGCUGCAACAAGUAGCAAAGAGAGGAGGGAAGGGUGUGCAACGGGUGAAGCAUUAG